AUGAACCCCAAAGUGACCAAUAACACUGGUGCUGGCACUGGUGCGAAUGAUAACACCCAAUCUGAAAAUCCUAAUCCUACCGUAUCUGCUUUCGAAUUCCCGGAUGGCAGUACUAAGGUCAUGCGUAUACCUCAUGCAAAUCGCUAUAGCGACGAAUGGAGAAAUCUACUCGACAAUAGAGAUGCUGAGGAAGUAGACCAUCUUGUCAAGAAAGCUUUCGAGGAACAUGAUCUCGCGGCUUGUUAUACAAUCUUGACCGAAAUUAACAAUGCUAUUAUAAAGAAAAAUAUAGAAAUAGGUAUUCCUCGCGAUCAUCGAAAAUAUGGUGUUAUAGAAGAUCAGCAGUUCUACGUCAAACAGCUUCAUGAAUUAGAUGCCAAAUUGAGAGAAGGAGAAGAUCCAAAGAAAGCAUUGAAUGAAAUCAACGAAAAUGUGCGCAGCUUCAACAAUAAGGAAGGACUUCCCCCAAAUUGGCAAUUUAAGCCUAGCUCUUGUGAUCCAAUUGUCCAGGAAUUGCAACUGAAUAAAGAGACAAUCAAUUUUCCGAAACAAGAGAAAGACGAUGAUUCUAAUGAUGAGGAUUUCAGUGAAAUUCAAAUGCAGGUUGAUAAGGAUGUCACAAGUGUCGCACAGCCAAGCGGCAAGAGCAGUGGCAGCAGCAGCAAAGAUAGCAGCAGCAAAGGCAGCAGUAGCAAAGGCAGCAGCAGCAAAAAUGGCGGCAGCAAAGCCGGCGGCAGCAAAGGCAAAAACCCAAUCAAUAAGGGAAAAAAGAAGCAGGAGUUUUUGCAAGAUGAAGCUGAACUACAAGAUGACGACGAGCUGCAAAAUGACGACGAAAUGCAAAAUGAGGACGAAGAUUCUUCCGAUGAUUUUGAUGAGCUUCUUAGGAACUCGGGUGCGAAUCAGAAGACCUAUAAUCUUGAAGACAAUGUUGAGGAUAUCGAUGAGCUUGUGCUACGAGCAGAGCAGCAGUGGGUUCUACAUGAAAAUUUCAACGUCGUUUGUUGGUGGAAAAAGGGAACAGGUGCACAGAUCAUUGUGAGGUACGGAACCGACCCCUACAUAUAUCGCAUUCGAGCCGGUAGAUCGCAUCACUGGGAUUCCAAAAAAUGCCCGCAGGUUAUAGGCUCAAAUGCUGGCGAAAAUGUGACUAAUACACCGAAUGGGAACGUCAUUCUUACCAGUCGAGGAGAUUGUAAGAAAUACGAGGACAUCCCAGAAGGGUUUAACUAUACUUGGAAAUAUACACGGAAGGACGUGCAGGGCAUUUUGGGGGUUGCAUGGAAGGUACCUGAUGACGAUGAAGAUAUCGACACACACGACGCUCUGUGCCUCAUAAUUCCGGAGAAAGGUGUUUGCUAUCCUCAAACACGAGUGCUAGUCAAAUGGAAAGAUGGGAUAGUUACCGUUGAGGACCGAGCUACAAUUCGCCGUAUCACUGAAAAGAGACCCAUUGAUGGAGAUAUGGUCAUCUACUGGAAAGCUAAACAAAGCGAAAUAAGGUUUCGAAAGGAGGAGGGUCUACCAUAUGAGAAUCUGCUUAACGGAGAGCCUACGCCAGCAGCUGAGCCCGAGCCCAUGGACUCAGGAAUCAGGGUUCCGCAGCCGAGCUCACGAGCAAACACAGUAUUCCCUACCCCAACACCACAAAGACCAAGAAGGGAUGUCAAGGCUACACCAGUGCCAGUGAACCAGCAGCCUGAUUCUCAAGAAGAUGUCAUGAGCCUACUUCUCAAAUUACAGCAACAAAUAGCUGAGAUAAAAUUAGACCGUGUACAGUCCCACCCACCAGCAUAUUCCCCGCCACCAGCAUACGCUGGUCAUAGUGUCAAAUCGACGAGGAGAACACCUGGAAGAAAAUUCAAGGGCAUGCAUAAUUAG